AUGGCAUUCGCCUAUAACCCCGACCCACCAGCACACCUCCACAGCACCACCCGCUUGACCCACGCCCAAGCACACACCUUCCUCAAGAACUACUUGUCCACGGCCGACAGCAACCCAGCCUACCGACCCGACGCCGUCCUGACCGAGCGAGGUCCUGUCUCUAACAGCGCUGGCGCUGUUACAUCCAGCGAUGGAUCGGGUGGGGGUGAUCUGACGCUCACGAACUUGGGGAGGGUGCUGAAGGGUAUGGCAGGAACUCGCGUCGGCGGCGCAGAGUUCAAAGCUUCACUCGAGGAAGCAAGGUCUUUCAACAAAGGGAAGCGGAAGGCGCCUGACGCCGCUGUGUCUGCAACGCUCGCUUCAGCAGAACAACGAAACAGCAAUGAAAAACGGAACGACGGUGAUUCCAAUGGACCUUCACCAGCGAAGCGCCCCAGACAAGAGACCAGGGCUGACUCUAACGACAACGACGAGCCCAUCAUCGUCGAGGAGCCAACAGCAGAAGAGCCACAACCUGAUGACGCAGAACAAGGCUGGCAAGACAAAGACGACUACGAGAUGGCACAGGACGACCUGGUCGUUCCAGAAGCGGAGGCUGAUGACGCGCAGCCGGCUGUGGGCGGGAACACUACGAGUGGCGAGAUGCUGAGUUUGGCGGAGGAGGUUCUAAUUAAGAGCGUGAAGGCGGGUGUCACUACAACGGGCAGGCGAGCUGAUGUUGAGGACUCUGAUGACGGACGUGAAGAAGCCAAGCGGCGGAAGGCUGGGUCGAAGAAGGAGAGGAACAAACAGCAGAAUGGCCCUAAGCUGAUCCCAGAGACUGAAAAUGCAGCGUCACCAGAAAAAUCGCCAAGGCGAACAGAGUCAGAAAGCGCAAAGCCAUCAGCGACAAUCGACACAGGCAAGUCUCUGGACAAGGUCGAGCGCAAGAGGAUGAAGAAGCUGAAGAUGGACGCGGAGAAGAAGCAACGGCAGCAGGAGCGGCUUGCUACAAAGAAGCCCUGA